AUGAAGUUCUCGGCCGCCACCGUAUCGCUCCUCCUCGCCAUCGCCCCAAUGGCGGUCAAGUGCUACCCCGAUCUGGGCGUAGGCGAGACGAUGCUGCGCCAGUGGAACAUCGGCGAUCCCGCGAGGAAGAAUGCCCGCACCGCACCCUUCAUUGGCACGGCCUACAUCUGGUCCGACCUGAGUGGGGUGGACUUGAUCUUCUCCUUUGAGUCGGCCGACAAUCACGACUGGCAGCUGUUCAAGUUCGACAAGGCCUCCAACCAGUGGGGCUCGCUCUGGCAUGCGUGCCCCUCGGGCAGUCACCUUGACGAGAGCGUCAAGCGGGGCUACAACGACCUCCACGUGGCAUUCAACGAGCUGGUCGGACGCCCGACGGGCACGAACGAGAAGUACUGGUUCGGCAAGUACAAGAUUGUCGUCGAUGGCCGAGAGCACCCCAUGUAG